AUGGGUGUUUCUCCAUCACAAGUUAGUUCUCACACUAUAAGUUAUUCAUGUCCUACACAAACUACACUGGAAAAUAGUCAUGAACUCAGUGCUGAAUACAACUGUGGUGGAAAUUCGAAAGGGAAACAUAAGCUUGAGUCUGAAAUCAUACAAACUGAAGCUGGAGAUAGCGGUACUGCAGUUCUCCAAUCUGGUGCUGGGGAAACUGUGCAACCAUCUAAUGAAGAUGCAACAAACAAUUCCCUUACUGAUUUGGACCCACCUCUUGAAGAUCCUAGGAGUGCUCUGUUAGGUAGAAGUUCAAGACCUAUAUUAACUGCUAUGGAUCAGAAACUUGAGCCAGGUGCUAGAACUGUGGUUACUGCAUGUAUGCAUAAUGAAUCAUCAAAGGCAAUUGACUCUGGUAUUCUACAGGAUGAACCUAGAAAUACCAAUGCAGCAUCAUCAAGCUGCAUUGCUAAUGAAACCUGUCAAUUAUCACUUGAAGCUCUAGCCAAUCAUUCUUGUGUUGAAGAUGUGGGUCCACCACAUGGAAAUGCAAGCAAGAGUAACCAGAUUGAUAAAAGUUCAUACCUUCAACAAACUACAUCUGGAAAGACACCUGAGUUUCCUUCCUACAGAGCUUGUUGUGAACAAUCAGAAGAAAGACAGAAGCCUGGUUCAGAACGUUCAGAAAAUGAAUCAAUGGGAAUUGGCACUGGAUUGUAUAGUGAUAUUUCUGUCAAGAAUUGGGAGCCUCUUACUCAACAUGUGACCAAGAGUUCUCCUAUCACGCAUAUAGGCUUGCCUCCUGGUGACUAUGUCAGCAUUCCUGCAAAUGAACAAACAAGACCAAUUCAUGAUGACAAGGGCAAAUGCCCUGAUCGUGAACAUCUGGAAACACCGUCUGGAGUUGUGGUUGGUAUUACCAGACAUGGUAGACCUAGUGGUAAGAGAACUUCAAAAUUGUCAAGGAAAAAAUAUAUGUUAAGAUCGUUGAGAAGAAGUGAUAGAGUUCUCCGGUCAAGAUCACAAGAGACAUCUAAAGCACCUGAGUCAAGUAAUAAUUUAGCUAAUAUUAAUUCCACUGGUGAGAAAAAAGGGAAAAGAAGGAAAAAGAGAAGAGGGAAGAAUAUCGUGGCUGAUGAAUAUUCCAAAAUCAGGGCACGUCUUAGGUACUUAUUGAAUCGGAUGAGCUAUGAGCAAAGCUUGAUCACUGCUUAUUCUGGGGAAGGCUGGAAAGGACUUAGCCUAGAAAAGUUAAAGCCCGAGAAGGAGUUGCAACGAGCCAUGUCUGAGAUUAUCAGACGCAAAGUGAAAAUAAGGGAUUUAUUUCAACAUAUUGAUUCACUAUGCAGCGAAGGAAGGUUCCCAGCAUCUUUAUUUGAUUCUGAAGGACAGAUUGACAGUGAGGAUAUAUUCUGUGCAAAAUGUGGGUCCAAAGAUUUGACUGCUGAUAAUGAUAUAAUAUUAUGUGAUGGUGCUUGCGACCGAGGGUUUCAUCAGUACUGUUUGGUACCACCAUUGUUAAGAGAAGACAUUCCUCCUGAUGAUGAGGGCUGGUUAUGCCCUGGAUGUGAUUGCAAAGUUGACUGCAUUGAGUUGCUUAAUGACUCUCAAGGAACAAAUAUAUUUCUCAGUAAUAGCUGGGAGAGGGUUUUCCCUGAGGCUGCCGCUGCAACAUCUGGACAAAAACUGGAUCCCAACUUUGGACUGUCUUCUGAUGAUUCUGAUGAUAAUGAUUAUGAUCCCGAUGGUCCAGAUAUUGAUGAGAAGAGUCAGGAGGAGGAAUUAAGCUCUGACGAAUCUGACUUCACUUCUGCAUCUGAUGAGUCAGAGGCUCCACCUGAUGAUAAACAGUCAUUGGGGCUCCCUUCUGAUGAUUCAGAGGAUGAUGAUUAUGAUCCUGAUGCUCCAGAUCUUGAGGAGAAGCUGAAGCAGGAUAGUUCAAGUUCUGAUUUUACGUCUGACUCUGAGGAUCUUGCUGCCACACUUAAUAGUGAUGGGUUGUCUUUAGAAGAUGAAAAUCACAUGCCUAUUGAACCUUGUGGAGAUUCUAAUGGUCGAAGAUCUAAAUUUGGUGGAAAGAAGAUGCAAUCUUUAAACAGUGAGCUUUUAUCCAUACUAGAACCAGAUCUGCGCCAAGAUGAGUCUGCACCAGUUUCUGGAAAAAGAACUGUUGGAAGAUUGGACUACAAGAAGCUCUAUGAUGAAACAUAUGGAAACGUUUCUACUUCAAGUGAUGAUGAUUACACUGAUACUGUUGCACCAAGGAAGAGGAGGAAAAACAUUGGAGAUGUUGCUACAGUGGCAGCAAAUGGAGAUGCUUCUGUUACUGAGAAUGGAAUAAAUAGCAAGAAUAUGAAUCAAGAAUUCAAGGGGAAUGAACAUACUCCAGAGAGAAGAACUUGCCAAAACUCAAGCUUUCAAGAUACAAAUGUUUCCCCAGCUAAACCACAUGUAGGUGCUUCUCGAUCUGGCUCUAGUGGUAAAAGACUUAGGCCCUCUGCUUAUAAAAAACUUGGAGAAGCUGUGACUCAGAGACUGUACAGUUUCUUCAAGGAAAAUCGGUAUCCUGACCGAGCUGCAAAAGCAAGCUGUGCACAAGAGCUAGGAAUUACUUUUGAGCAGGUUGACAAGUGGUUUAUGAAUGCUCGUUGGAGCUUCAACCAUUCAUCAUCUACAGGUACAAGUAAAGCUGUAAGUGCUUCAGGAAAGGGUAGCUCUGAUGGGCAUGCGAGGGAUAGUGAAUUGAAGAACCAAAAGAGGAAAAAACUAAAAACAAAAACCCCAAAAUCUAGGAGAUAA